AUGGCUUUAGUCUUUAGAAUAGCAAUGCAACUGGUUGGACUUUUAUUAUCUUUGUUGGGAUGGGUUUUAUCCAUUAUUACAACUUAUUUGCCACAUUGGAAAAACCUCAACCUGGAGUUAAAUGAGAUGGAGAACUGGACUAUGGGACUCUGGCAAACCUGUGUCAUCCAAGAGGAAGUGGGGAGGCAAUGCAAGGACUUUGAUUCUUUCUUGGCCUUGCCUGCUGAACUCAAGAUCUCCAGGAUUUUAAUGUUUCUGUCAAAUGGGCUUGGACUGGUGGGCCUGCUGGUCUCUGGGUUUGGCCUGGACUGCCUGAGAAUUGGAGAGAGACAACCAGAUCUCAAGAAGCAACUGCUAAUCCUGGGAGGAGUCCUGUUGUGGGCCUCAGGGAUCACAGUGCUCAUUCCAGUCUCCUGGGUUGCCCACGUGACGGUUCAGGAGUUUUGGGAUGAGACCAUUCCUGAGAUUGUCCCCAGGUGGGAGUUUGGGGAAGCCCUCUUUAUUGGCUGGUUUGCUGGAUUUUCUCUUGUACUAGGAGGGUGUCUGCUUAACUGCGCAGCCUGCUCAGCCCAAGCCCCUCUAGCUGCGGGUCACUACACAGUGGCAGAAAUACAAACUCAGUGUUCGUGCUUGGAAAAAGGAACUGCAGAUCCUAAAGUAUAA